UUGCCAGACCAGUUAAGAUUUUGUUUAAAAAAAACUUUCUAACCUGAUUUGUUAAUGAUGCGUAAGAAGGUAGAACUUUUAAUUCAGUUUUAUUUUCGUCCAAAACUUAAAUAUCAUUUAAAAUCGCUAGUGAGAUGCCGUUUGAUUCAGGAUUUAUACCUAGUUGACCUACAUAUUGCAGUAGAGAUCUAGUCAUAACGACGAAUGCAUCAGUCUGUAAACGCAUUGUCAGCAUCUUUGCGCCAUUCGAGACCCAUGGAUGGGUGAAUGUGCCGCAUUUUUUCCAUCUUUUUACUCUUCAAUCAACCUUGUACCGUUUUCUUUGGAGGUUUGUGAGUAAUGUUCCUUAAUGUCUCAUUUGAAUCCUCAAUGUACCAGCUACAAAGAACAUUAGUUAAAGUGAUCUGGGUUCCAGCGAAGCGAAGUUUUAAGUUCGGUGUAGUGAAUGAAAUUGAUAAAACUUGUUGAAAGUACGUUCAAAAUCGACGAAGAGAAGUUUGUUAUUGGCUAAAAAUAGAUAAUCUAAAUGGGAACAAGAAAUCGUCAAUAGAACAAAAACGUUUUUAUCAUCGUAAAUUCUCUGUGAUACCAGGAGCCAAACUCUCUCCUGUAGGACGCUUCUUUAAACUAUUUCGAUCUCCUUUGGAACGAAGAAAUUCUUGCCCAGUGUUAAGUAUUUCGGAAAAGGAUUUAACAGCAGCAGCAGCAAAGAAUAACACAAUUUUAAAACCACAAACUACACAGAUACAACCGACCUACAACACUAAGAAAGACUCUAAAAACCAGAAGAAACGAAAUUGUUGUUUAACUAAGUGGGUAUCACAUUCAGAGCUUCUACAAACUCAACUUAAUCAGCGAGUUAUACCUUUACAAAGCGCUAUCGCAACAAGUCUACAACCAGCAGUAGUUGAACCCUCUUCAAAUGCUGAAUCAAAUAUCUUAUCAUCCUCGAAAUCUGAAAAUCAUGUUUCGUCUUUAAUUGUAGAAUCCAAUAGCCCUGUGAUCAAGAUUAAUACUGAUAAUCCAACAACUGAAACAAGCAGUUUCAAACUUUCAAACGGAAAUAUCGACUCAUUUGUUGUUGAGAAAACAGUGAUAAUUGUUUCGGAAAAAACAGCACUGAAUGUACAAAACUCUGAAGGAAUAAAUAAUAUAUCGAUUCCUGGUGAAGUCAGCUCAAUAAAACAAGAAAGCUUAUCUAUGAAUAAUAAUUACUCUCAUAUAAAUGUGCAAAGUUAUACAAACAAAUUUGAAUUAAAUCAAGAACAAACUAUUGCAAACCAAGUAAAAGUAUUAUAUGCAAACAACAUUGACAAUUCAGUAUCUGUAAAUAAUAUUCAGGUUUCUGAAACAAAAACGUGUGAAAUUAGUCUUGAUGUAGGAAAUCAAUCAACAUUACUAUGUGAUAAAAUAUAUUGUGAUAAUAAAACGACAAAAUCUAUUAGAAAUACAGAACACGGGCAUCAAAACAGUUAUUCUCAACCACUGACAAAGAGUCUAAAUAGCAAUUCAACGAACAUAAAUACUGAUAUUUCAGACACUGGAGAUCAUAAAAAAUUAUGCCAAAACCAAAUUAACAGCAUAGACAAGAAUUUAACAAAUGGGGAUUCGGAGGUGAGAUUACGCAACAAGUUAAAUCUUAACAACCAUGAUAACAACGUAAACGAUAAAAGCUGUGAUGAUUAUAAAAUAAAAACAAUAGUGGAAUUUGAAAGCAAUGAAAAACUAAUAGACUCAGUCAAACCACCCGAAAAUUCCUUGGUAUCUACCUUUUCCUCGGAUCCAAAUGAUACUAUUAUUUAUGCAACAGUCUCUAAGAUCAGGAAAAAUAAGAAGCAAACAAGUGUUCAAGAAAAUAUUUAUCUUUCUGAAAGAAUCAAAUCAAAAGAGUACCCAUCUCACAUUGACACGAUACAUAAAGAAUCGGAAAAAUAUAACGAAAAUAAUAAAUCGAACUUGAACUUUGCAAAAGAAGAUUCAAUUUUAGGCAACGAACAAAUUAUUCCAAUAAAUGGCACCAAUAAUAAAAUAUCUCGUCCUAACCAAUCUCUUAAUGGGGAUCAAGAUAUAGCAGUUUCAUCUUCCCUACCAGUAAAUGUAGUUUGCAAUAAAGAAACUGGUGAAAAAUGUGAAGUAUAUGAUAACAUCUGUGAAAAAGCGGACAUUAUAGUUAAUUGUUUAGAAGUACAAUACGAUUCUCUAGAUUUUGGAGAGAACCACUUGAACUCAUCACUAACGGAUUUGCAAAGCAAUCCUAUUAAUGAAUGUUAUAACGUGAAGCUAGAUGCACCAGAAGAAGUUAUUGUGGCAGGAUUUCACGACUUUUGUCAUACAAUGCUAUCUUUAGAAGAAAAUUUGGACUCAAAUGACACUGGAACUAUAAAAAGAAGACCUAAUACCAAAGAAAAGAAAAAUAAAGUAACCGAUACAUUAGAAAAAAAUAAAUUGACAUCAAAUCAAAUUGAAAAGUAUGUAACUCCCGUUAAUGGUAAUAACAGACAAGUCUCUCGAAGUUGUGAGCAAAGCAUUUCUCCCAUAGAAGAUUCUAAAAUAUAUCCUGACAAACUGCUCGAAGAAAUUCAAAACAGUAAAUUAAUUGAGAAAAUGAGUAUAAAAGAUCCGGAUGUCAUUGACGCUAUAAGGAUUCUUGAUAAAUCCCUAAUGGAUGAAUCAGAUGACUCUGUAGAAUCAGAUACUUUCACUACUUCAAUAGAAUCAACACCGUCAUAUCAAAAACCAAAUCCACAACAGAAAGUCAACAAAGAGGAUAAAAUUCAAUGUGAUAACUUGAUAGAGGAACUCAUGCUUGAAGACAUAAGCAAAAGUGUUACAUCAUUGUCCUCUAAAAAUUCUCAAAAUCCAUUUUCCAGAGGAAACAUAGCCGUGACUAUAUCUAAUUUAACUACUGAGCAAAUAUUAGAAAAUAAAUCAUUUUCAAGCAUAGAAUCAAAUAUAAAUAAUUCUCAAUCAGAUGAAGAGCGUACGAAAACUACUGAACAUUGGUCUAAAAGAUCAUAUGAUGUGAACGGUUACAAUAGAGAUGAAUUGUCUUCAGAUGCUUAUGAAUCUGAUUUUUGUGAACAAAUAGAAGACACGAAGAAAGUUAAUUUACCAGAAGGGAAAGAUGAUUCAUUUUCUCCUCCUGUAUCAAUAGCAUCAGAUGAUACAAGCUCAACAUUCCAUGUGGAUCACUCUCCACCAAUGCAAGAUAUAUCUCCUUGUAAUCGAACAAGUCCAUGUUCUGUAGAUUCUGGUAUGAGUUCUCAUAGUCAAUCAUAUUUUGUGGUAGUGGCCAUCGAUUUUGGAACGACGUAUAGCGGUUAUGCUUUCUGUUUUACACGAGAUCCAGAUAACAUUCAUAUGAUGAAAAAAUGGGAUGGAGGUGACCCAGGAGUAUUCAAUCAAAAAACGCCAACAACCUUACUUCUAUCACCCGAAGGGACAUUUCAUUCAUUUGGAUAUUCAGCUAGAGACUACUAUCAUGAUUUGGAUGUUGAAGAAGCUAAAAAUUGGCUUUAUUUUGAAAAAUUUAAAAUGACUCUGCAUCACAGCGAACAUUUAACUCUUGAUACAGAAAUAGCUGCAUCAAAUGGUAAACGAGUCCCUGCUGUUACAGUUUUUGCUCAUGCCCUUAGCUAUUUUAAAGAUCAUGCAUUACAAGAAUUGAGUGAUCAGUCAUCUACAAAAAUAUUAAAUGAAGAUGUAAGAUGGGUUGUAACAGUUCCAGCUAUAUGGAAACAACCAGCUAAACAAUUUAUGAGAGCAGCAGCUUACAAGGCUGGCAUAGCUAGUCCGGAAUACCCUGAUCAACUUUUGAUUGCAUUAGAACCAGAAGCGGCUUCCAUAUACUGUAGACGGAUGAAACUUCAUCAACUAGUCCCUGAUGAAACUCAUUUUCAUCGAUCUUCAUUUAGCUGGAAAAAAGAGUGUGAAUCCGAAAGAACAAACGACAAAGAUGUCAAUCACUCCAAUAUACCAGGACAGAGUAGUGACGCAUCAUCAUCAUUUAGUGUUGGUACCCGAUAUAUGGUGGUAGACUGUGGUGGUGGUACAGUGGACAUUACAGUGCAUCAGCUCCUGGAUGAACAGGGGACUCUUAAAGAACUCAAAAAAGCUUCAGGUGGACCAUAUGGUUCAAUUGGUGUAGACUUGGAGUUCGAAAAAUUGUUGUGUGAUAUUUUUGGAGAUGACUUCAUCCAGCAAUUCAAAGCAAAAAGACCAACAGGUUACGUAGACCUAAUGAUUGCAUUUGAGUCAAGAAAAAGAAAUGCCAAUCCCUACAAAGCAAACCCGCUGAAUAUCUCUUUACCUUUCUCUUUCAUUGAUUAUUACAAAAAGCAUAAAGGAUCUUCGGUGGAGUCUGCUAUAAAGAAAUCUAGUCAUAAAAAUGUCAAAUGGUCAUCACAAGGAAUGCUAAGGUUAGAGUCAUCAGAAAUGGAACGUUUGUUCCAAAACACAGUGGGAGAAAUCCGAAAACACAUAGAUGCUAUUAUAACUGAAAAAGAUAUGAACAUCGAUCACAUUUUUCUAGUUGGAGGGUUUGCUGAAUCACUUAUUCUUCAAAAAGAAAUAAAAGAUGCCUUUUCUUCUAAGCUUAAAGUUGUAAUUCCCCAAGGAGUAAGUCUUGCAAUAUUAAAGGGAGCAGUUCUAUUCGGUUUAGAUCCAACAGCUGUGAAUAUUCGACGCCUUAGAAUGACGUACGGUGUUGGAAUUCUUAAUCGCUUUAUUCAUGGGAUUCAUCCUCGAGAAAAGCUUGUUAUAAAGGAUGGUAUCCAGUGGUGUGCAGAUGUGUUUGAUAAAUUUGUUAUAAACGAACAAUCCGUUGGAGUUGGUGAUGUUGUAGUAAGAAGAUAUACACCAGCAAAAGAUGGGCAAUCUUGCAGUGUUAUACACAUAUAUUGUAGUGAAAAAGACAAUGCUUAUUUCAUUACAGAUUCAGGUGUUAAACGAUGCGCCACUUUAAUUUUGGAUCUUUCGGACAGCAGGUAUGUACAAGACCGAGAAAUUCAAACUCAAAUGAUGUUUGGUGACACUGAGAUAAAGGUAAGCGCGUUGGAUGUAACCACGGGCAAAUGUGUCAAAGCUGAAGUGGAUUUCUUAAACCAAUAAUGCUUGUAUCAAAACCAAAAAUAAAAUAUUAAACAUUUUAUUAGAAA